GGCGCAGUCUCGCGACACUUCCCUCAGCGCCCAGCCGAGCCGAGCCGUGCCGAGCCGCUCCGGUAGCGGCAGCAGCGGCAGCACCGCCACCAGCGGCAGCAGCGGGCAGAGCCCCCCCGGCCAAGCCGCCCACCCCCGCGGCUCCCCGGCAGGCGCCCGGGCUCGGCCGCGCUCUGUCCCCGCCUCGCUCCGCCCGGCAGCGGGGGAACCCACCCAGGUGGCUGACGGCUGAGCCCCUUCCCUCGCCUCGUUUUAUUUUUAUUUAUUUUUAUUUUUUUUUAAUUUAUUUAUUUUUUGCCUCCUCUCCCUCCCUCCCCGCGAACACGCAUGCCGAGGGCGGCGGGACGCGGCACGCAGCCCGGCUGCGGCGGGCGCUGAGCUGCGGGAGGAGGGAGCGGCGGGCGAGCAGGGAGGGGGCCGCGCUGUCAGCAGCAGCAGCAGCAGCAGCAGCACCGCCGCCAGCACCGCCAGCACCGCCAGCAGCCGCCUCUUCCCCCUUCCGCCGCCGCCCCAAACUUUCGGCCUGCCUCCGGCGCUGCCCGGCUCCACAUCAAUGGUGGAGGCGAUCGUGGAAUUCGACUACAAAGCUCAACAUGAUGAUGAGCUGACGAUCACUGUAGGUGACAUAAUCACCAAUAUCAAGAAGGAUGAUGGAGGCUGGUGGGAAGGACAGCUCAAAGGCAGAAGAGGUUUGUUCCCUGACAACUUUGUAAGAGAAAUAAAGAAGGAUAUGAAGAAGGAAAAUAUUGCCAACAAACCACCAGAGAAGCCUAUAAAUGAAGUUUCCAAUGGAAGCCCUUUACUGUUGUCUGAGACAAUUAUUAGAACCAACAAAAAAGGAGAGAGAAACAGACGAAGAAGAUGUCAGGUGGCUUUCAGUUAUUUGCCUCAAAAUGAAGAUGAACUGGAAUUAAAAGUUGGUGACAUCAUUGAAGUUGUGGGAGAGGUAGAAGAGGGCUGGUGGGAAGGUAUACUUAAUGGAAAGACGGGCAUGUUUCCUUCCAACUUCAUAAAGGAACUGUCUGAUUCUGACGAUGUUGGAACAGCACAGGAAGAGCAAGUAAAGCCAAGCCUAAAAGAUACUACAGGCUCUGAGAGUGAUGGUGGUGACUCUUGCAGCACAAAAUCAGAAGGAGCCAAUGGAGGCACGACAAUCCAACCCAAAAAGGUCAAGGGUGUUGGCUUUGGAGAUAUCUUCAAAGACAAACCUAUAAAACUACGGCCAAGGUCAAUAGAAGUUGACAAUGAUUUUGUCUCAGUAGAUAAGAGUGUUGGGAAGAAAUUACCUCCAUCUACAGCAACUCAGGAGCCAACAAAAAUAGAAGUGGACAGCAGAACAAAAACCAAGGAGUAUUGCAAAGUGAUAUUUCCAUACGAAGCACAGAAUGAUGAUGAACUCACAAUCCGAGAAGGUGACGUCGUCACACUUAUCAGUAAGGAUUGCAUUGAUGUAGGUUGGUGGGAAGGAGAACUGAAUGGCAGACGAGGAGUGUUUCCAGAUAACUUUGUCAAGCUUCUUCCUUCUGAUUUUGAAAAAGAGAGACCGAAGAAACCACCACCUCCAUCAGCUCCUGUCAUCAAACAAGGAUCAGGUACCACAGAUCGAAAGCAUGAAGUCAAAAAGGUGCCUCCUGAAAGGCCAGAAUGUCUUCCUAAUCGAACAGAAGAAAAAGAAAGACCAGAGAGAGAGCAAAAACAGUUAGACUUGCAGAAGCCUUCAGUUCCUGCUAUACCUCCGAAGAAACCUCGGCCACCCAAAGCAAACUCUGUGAAUAGACCUGGUACCUUGCCCCCAAGACGGCCAGAAAGACCAGUUGUGCCUGUGACUCACACAAGGAGCGAUAGUCCAAAAGUGGAAUUAGUGGGCAGUACAGUGUCCGGCACUCUAGAGAAAGACUCCUCUGAAAGAAGCAAUGACAUUGACUUGGAAGGUUUUGACUCUGUAGUACCAAUUGCUGAGAAGCUUAAUCAUCCAACUACAACCAGACCAAAAGCUACUGGCAGGCGACCGCCCUCUCAGUCUCUCACAUCUUCAUCCCUUUCAAGCCCGGAUUUCUUCGACUCACCAAGUCCUGAAGAAGAGAAGGAGGAACAUGUUUCCGUUACACACAAAACUAUUGAAGUGUCAAGGAAAUCAAGAACUGUUACAAUAUCACAAGUGUCUGAUAAUAAAACUUCCUUGCCUCCGAAACCAGGAGGUUUGGCUAGUGGCAGUAAUGUACAACCAUCUCUAUCCCCUUCACCGUCACCUGGAUUUCAUUCAAUUGCUAUGGGAACAACAGGCCACAGGUCAAAUUCCCCAUCCCUGUUUGGUACUGAAGGAAAGCCAAAGACUGAACACUUGAGCCAAGGUCAGACUGCCCUGGAGGAGCUGAGAACACAAAUUAAGGAGCUAAAAAUCAUCAUUGAAACGAUGAAAGACCAGCAAAAAAAAGAGAUUAAGCAGUUGCUGUCUGAGUUGGAUGAAGAAAAAAAGAUCCGUCUACGAUUGCAGAUGGAGGUUAAUGACAUAAAGAAAGCUCUUCAAUCAAAGUGAAUACUUGAUAGAUGGAAUGUUGCAUUAUUCUACAUGACUGAGACUCAAAUUUAUGCCCCAGCCAAAAUAACUUUGUGCCAAAUGAUUUAAGAAUUGCCUCAACAUCCCUUUAUUGAAGGAUUAGCACAACAGUUUUUGAUAGCACAACAAAAAUACCAACAGUGAGGAAAAAAUCUCCACACGAAGUGGUGCUGUGUGGCACUAGUUGUGACUGAAAUUGAUCUUCUUGUGCUAAAGGCUCUCUACUUCAAGAUCAUAGGUGAAAUGAAAACUCAGGCAGUUUAGUCCAUAGUGGUACUAUUUUGAUGAUAUUUUUCCAUAAAUAAAGUGUAUUUCAGAUUA